UGAUGUCGUCAUCACUCCGCGACCCAGCGUGUGCACGCUCACGCGUAUCAGCUUGUCUUGCUACUUACUAGCUUCCACUUAUUCAGGCUUUUUUAAUCAAUACGCCACACAUUUGGCUUAUUGGCAGUUAUUUACGAAGAAGACGCAGCACGCACAGAGAACAAUUUCCAACCCGGGAGUCUCCGUGGAGGAUAAAAAAAAUGACUCCAUCCAACCAAAAGAAUCUGUCGGACAAGUUUCGGCUCAACGCGUCUCAGAUGUUUAAAGACAGCUGCCCAGAAGCAUCACGAUACUUCCUCACGGAGCAUUUCACGCAAAUGGAGACCGGAGAGGAUGUAUCGCCACCCGCAAUCGACCAGACCGCUGUGUGCGAGCACUGCUAUCAGUGGCGGCGGCCCGACAACCACCGCGUGAGGCUGCGACCCAAGCGGCAGCCGUCCGUGAGGCUGCAGAGGGUCCUGCGCAGGAGAGCCAGGGGGAAAACACUCAGCCUGGCGCAUAGACGUCUGCUCAACCGCUUCCAGAAGUCGGCCUCGGUGCUGAUGGCCACCUGUCACACUUGCAACAAGACGUCCAGGCACAGAGGACUGAACCGAGAGUUCUUACCCGCCUUGGCUAAAAGGGACUGCGCUCCAGGGAGUGCGGGCAAACGCGCCAAGACCCCGCAGUCGGCCAACAGAGCCCCCGCGACCACGCCCAAGACCCCCAGCCACACCCCCAGGUCUUCUCACUCCAGCACUCCUGCAUCAGCCUCCUCCUCCUCCUCCAAGGCCUCCAGGGCCAAAACCUGGGUGGUCCAGCGUCUCAGCAAGAUCCUCAGUCAGGAGGACAAGCCCAGCAGCAAGAAGGGGAGCUUAAAGGACUUCCUCUCCUCGCUUUGAGUCGCAUCUUUGACAUCUUUUGCCCCCCAAAAAAACCUACUUUUAGGUUGUCGAGCCAGUGUGGGAGGGGCUUCAGUGCGCCCACCAGCGCCCCCUUCAGGUGCGCGUCGUCACGCCAUCCUCCACCGAGCAAGUGUUGCAUUUCCUACAGGGGGGAUCUUUGCUCCACUCUGUGUCGAAUAUUUGAGGAAUUGUUGAGUAUACAUCUUUGCCACUGUCAGGAGUUACUGUCAAUUCCGGACUAUAAGCCGCUACAUUUUUCCUAAGCUUUGAGCCCUGCGGCUUGUAAAACGGUGCGGCUAAUUUAUGGAUUUUUCUUAAUGUUUUCUGUUCAAUGUUUUCUUUAAACACAAGCAGAGACUCUAAAAAAAUGUGUUUGUGCUACGGCGCCAUCUUUUGGAAAGGUUCACUCACUGCAGGUGAAAAUGUUCUUCCUGUUUUAAUGCUUUGAACCGGAAGUAAAAUCAUCGGAUUGAUUCUCAUCAUUUUAAGCAACGUUAGCACGUUUUACAAUAUAACUAAAACUAGUCUUACGUACUAAACCGUCCCGUGUGUGAUGUCUGCAGGAGUGUUUUCAUGCAUAUUUGUACGUGCUAAUGUAAUGUACUCAAGCUAGCGUCGUUGGCAUUAGCUAACAUGCUAAGACGUUUACGAGCGUCUGUGUUAGUAUAAUUAACUUACAAUCGCGUUCUUUUUGUAUUGUUUCAUGUGGAAGUUGCCUCCGAGCAGCUCCACUGUCAGACACGGCACAGGAGCCAAGCGUGCAGGUUUUAACAAGGUUUUAAUAAACGUAGGUUUUUAACAAAAGUUUUCUCCAGCUGAAUGCGAGCUUUCAGUCACGACCGUAUCCUCUCUCUCCUCCUGCUCCCGGCCGCUUACUGUUAAAGACAACAGAUGAUUAGAUUAACACGUACCACCCGUGAAAUCUAAUCACCUGCCAGCUGUGUCUCGCCGUCAGCACAUGCCCCGCCCCCGUCUGAUGAUGCUCUGUUCUCAGCACCAUGGACAGAGGCGGUGACCUUUGCUCCUGCAGGCAACACUGACAACAUCUCCCUUCACAUUGAACUUUCACAAAUUCCUCAGUAAAUUCACCUGAACGUCACCGUGGAGUUAUUGAGUCCGUGUAGCUGAUUGGAGAGCUAGCUUGCGCAGCUAGUGGGUCCAUGACCAUGAAUUCUGUUUUGUUUGAUUUAUUUGAUUGUUACAGACGUCGUUUGGAAACAAUUAGGAUAUGUAAAAAUUUACAAAAUAUUUCUGUGUAAAUAACUAAUUUCACUGCGUGUACAUCUGCGGCUAAUACAUAGAAAAAUAUUUUUUUCUUUUAAAAUUGAGUAGGUGUGGCUUAUGUAGUCCGAAAAAGAUGGUAUUUCUUUGGCAUUAGCUCACUCAAUAAAAAUGUCGCUAGAGCUAUCACUAUACCUUGUUAACCGCCUAGUGCUAGCAGUUUUUUACUGUUGUAAUGAUAAUAAUAAUAGAUUUUAUUUGUAAUAAGGCACUUUACAUUGAGUAAACAACCUCAAAGUGCUACAGUGUAUUAAAAAAAUAAAUAAAAUAAAAAAUAAAUACAUUUAAAUAAAAAUAAAAAUAAUAAGAUAAUAAAAAAAUAAAAAUAAAAACUACAACAGCCAAAUAGCUAAAACUAGUAUGCAUAUAUCUGAAAAAAGAAGGGUUUUUAAGCCUUUUUUUAAAAGCAUCCACAGUCUGUGGUGCCCUCAGGUGGUCAGGGAGAGCGUUCCACAGACUGGGAGCGGCGGAGCAGAAAGCUCGGUCUCCCAUUGUUCGUAGCUUUGUCCUCGGGUGCGGCUUAUAUCUCGGUGAGCUCUAUAGACAGGAAAAUACGCUUGUGAGCUGGUCAAUAUGCAAAAAUAACAUUUGCAUUUCUUUCUUUUACAUUUACGUUAGCAUCUUUUUGCUUUUAUUUGACAUAAAACAUGGAAAUAAGAGUCGCUGCCAUAACAUGAGGUAUUUUUUUUAGCUUAUUUGCUGCAACACAUUAAUAAUUUCUGUCAUCUUUUAUUUUGUUUGUAUUUCCACAUUUCCUAAAUAUUUAUUGAAAGAUAUUGCAUAGCUUAUUUCAUUAUAACAAAAUCACGUAAUAUUGCAUUGUCGGUGCUCUAUUCCGAGAAGUUAACAGCAUUUAUGUUUCAAAAUAAGCUCCAUUUUUGUUGGGUUUUGCCAUAAUUAUUGCAUCAACAUUUGAAUGAUUUCCAAUGGUGAUGUUUUUCAUUUGUCUACCUGUUUUUUUUAAAAGUGUCUUUUGGUAAUUAAUAGACGACAAUCCAAAUACUUUUUUUGCUUUUUCUACUGUUUUCAUCAUAUUAUAGUGAUGUAUUAUGCUUGAAUUUAAUACCUCAAAUUUUUACUUCUUCUUCGAUGUGACUCUGAAAUAAACAAUUUCAUAUAGCAAAUCUGUGUUGGU